CCUCUCUAGUCUGACCCCGCCCCCUCCCUGUCGUUCUGCGUUUGACAGCGACUAAAGUUUCCUGAGAGUCUCCGACACCGUCCCUUUCUCAGUGUUGUUCGGCUUCAUUUCGAUCGGUCGUUGUGUACGUGUCUGUAAUGAUGGAAUAAGAAGUUAUCAUGGUGGUGAAUUCAGUGCACUGGUUUCGCAAAGGUCUGCGGCUGCACGAUAAUCCAGCGCUGCAGGAGGCCCUGAAUGGAGCGGACACAGUGCGCUGUGUUUAUAUCCUGGACCCAUGGUUCGCUGGCGCCGCUAACGUAGGAAUCAAUCGAUGGAGGUUUCUGCUGGAGGCACUGGAUGACCUGGACAGCAGUCUGAAGAAGCUCAACUCCAGGUUGUUUGUAAUCAGAGGACAGCCAACUGAUGUUUUCCCAAGGCUUUUCAAGGAGUGGAAAGUGACCAGGUUAACAUUUGAAUAUGACCCAGAGCCUUAUGGGAAGGAGAGGGACGGGGCCAUCAUCAAGAUGGCCCAGGAGUUUGGAGUGGAGACCAUUGUCAGAAACUCACACACCCUCUACAACCUGGACAGGAUAAUAGAGAUGAACAACAACAGUCCUCCUCUGACCUUUAAGAGGUUUCAGACCAUCGUGAGCCGACUGGAGUUGCCGAGGAGACCUCUGCUUCCUGUCACCCUGCAGCAGAUGGACAAAUGUCACAUUAAAAUAGCUGACAACCAUGACCAGCUCUACAGUAUACCUUCACUAGAAGAACUAGGUUUCAGGACAGAGGGUUUACCUCCAGCUGUGUGGCGGGGAGGAGAAUCAGAGGCUUUGGACAGGCUCAACAAACAUCUGGACAAGAAGGUGUGGGUGGCCAACCUGGAGCACCCUCGGGUCAGCACAUGCUCUCUGUAUGCCAGUCCUACUGGCCUCAGCCCCUACCUGCGCUUCGGCUGCCUGUCCUGCAGGGUGUUGUAUUACAACCUCAGAGAGCUCUACAUGAAGCUCCGUAAGCGUUGCAGCCCUCCUCUGUCCCUGUUUGGCCAGUUGUUAUGGAGGGAAUUCUUCUACACAGCUGCCACCAACAACCCAAACUUUGACCGCAUGGAAGGAAACCCCAUCUGUGUCCAGAUCCCAUGGGACCAGAAUCCAGAGGCACUGGCCAAGUGGGCUGAGGGUCGGACUGGGUUUCCCUGGAUCGACGCCAUCAUGACCCAGCUGAGACAGGAGGGUUGGAUCCACCACUUGGCCCGACACGCUGUGGCCUGUUUCCUCACCAGGGGAGACCUGUGGAUCAGCUGGGAGAGCGGCAUGAAGGUGUUUGAGGAGCUGCUGCUGGAUGCAGACUGGAGUGUAAAUGCUGGGAGCUGGAUGUGGCUGUCCUGCAGUGCCUUCUUCCAGCAGUUCUUCCACUGCUACUGUCCUGUCGGCUUUGGAAGGAGAACUGACCCAUCAGGAGACUACAUCAGGCGUUACAUCCCCAUCUUAAAGGACUAUCCCAACCGGUACAUCUACGAGCCGUGGAACGCCCCAGAGACGGUGCAAAAGGCAGCUAACUGUGUGGUGGGAGUAGAUUAUCCCAAACCUAUGAUCAACCAUGCAGAGGGCAGCAGACUCAACAUUGAGAGGAUGAAACAAGUUUAUCAGCAGCUCUCCCAUUACAGAGGACUCAGUCUCCUAGCAUCAGUACCAACGAUCCAGGAGGAGGCAGAACCACCAAUGACCGAUGAAUCCCAGACUAGCAGUGGCCCUGACUCUCCUCCCAGAGGUCCUAUUGACAGUGAGGCAGCUGGCUGCUCAACAGCUCCUGAUUCGUCCACAGUCUGUGCGUCCUCCACCUGUGCCCUACAUCCAGACCUGGAGGACACACCCAGCAGUAACCUAUCCCAGACACCCUGCCCCUCCUCAGGCUCACAGACUCAGCCCUCUGCGGCUGUAACAUCUACAUCUGCCAGCCAUCCCACGUCCACGGCAGCUCCUCCCUCCCCAGCCUCAACACCGGUCCAGAGCCCUCUGUCAAAGUCUGAACCUUCCUCCCCUUCCUCUUCGUGUCUCACCUUGUCCCUGUCCCUCACUCCUGCCACAACCCUGGCUCAGACUUUUCACAAGAGGAAAGGCUUCACCCGCAAGGUGCGUCGCAGCCAGAGGCAGCGGGGGCAACAGAGCUGCAGGGAAGGAGAGAGGAGAGCAAAGGAAGAGGAGAGGGAGGACACAGGAGAGGAGGAGAGGAUGGAGGAGGAUGUUGAGCAGAAUGAAGAGAAAAUGGAAGAGGAGACCUCUGGAAAAAUGGCUGGACAUCAGCAGUGAGAUAAGGUGGAGUUGAAGAGAACAGUCUUCACAGCCAUGAUGGACAACUGGAUACACAAAGACAUACAAGAAGCAGUGUUAUGAUGCAGACAACGCACAGACAUAAGCAUACAUACAACACAUGUGGAAGCAGUACAGCAGCAUCUUACUCAUGUAAUAAGAACUUAUUUCAGGAAAUGAAGGUCACAAUCUUAAAAUGUAUGUAAGAAGAGCAAUGAGUAAUUUUUCUCUUGUACCAUUGCAUCAUAUGCAACAAAUAAGCAUAAACUGAAACUCUUACAUCCAUAUCCAGGAUGAAUCUGUACACCACAGUGUGUCUGUCUGCAGUAGCACCUCCCUGCUUCCCCUCUUCUAUAAAUGUCCUCUUCUACAUAUUAAGGAGUCUGAAUGUGUCCCGUCCAAACACACGGUCUCCACACCACACUCUGCUUUGAAAGAAGAGAUAAAGAGUCAUUUGAUAUAGCAGUGUAUUUUAACAUUUUGCAGUCAUUAUUUUGUAUAAUUGUGCUUUAUGAGAUUUUCGAAGUUGUGGGCAAUAACAGAGUCCCAGAGUGAUUAAACCAGAUCAUCCUGGGCCCUGGUCAGGGUGAAAACUGCCUGCUCUUCUUCUGUAGAGGCAGUUAGGAACAGACUCACUGACCUUCAGUGAAGUGUAUGAAAACAUAAUUUUAUGUUGUAGCUCCUCUUACUGUGCAGUCAUGGCCUGCUUCAGGAGACACUUAUAUUCAGCAUCCCACCUCCGAGGUCUAGAAGACAGACAUAAAAAGGAGCGUUCUCCACGGUCAUGUGACCCCGAUGAGCUAGGUUACCACAUUAAAACAAAAAGCAGCACCAGAACAGGAUUGAAACCAGAUGUUAAUAUGUAAAUGCCGAGUGUGAAUGUUGCUAGCAGCAGGUUAAUUUAUAGUCCACCCUCAGUCAUAAGUACCCUGUCUGUCUGUGGUGGAGGGUCACACAUCUCUGAAGGUAGAGUAGAUUGCUCAUUGAAGCAAUGUGAAUGAAUGAGAAAUUAAUUUAGAGAGUGUAGCUGUGGCGCAGAGGGGAUAAAGGUUUUGCUUUUGCCAUAUUUUUCUGUGGCAAUUGAAAAUACUGCCUGUGUGGAAAGAAUGUAGAAAAGACAGCAGAGUUUGUAUAUAAAAUAUGUAAAACCAUAACCUGUCUGUUUGCUAAGGGUCUGAUUAAGGGGAUUUCAUAAAGCCUUGUUUCUGCCUGAAUGUUUCUUCAUAAAAACAUCCACUGGAAGGCAAUAGACACAUCAUGUUCUGCAUAUGGUCUUUGAACAUUUACCAGACUGAAGAGUAUUUUUAUAAUAUUUUAACCUGCCAAUUAUUUUCUGGAUUAUCUGACUAUUAAUUAAACUGUGGACAGUAAACUGCCUAUCAUCAGCCCUGUCAGUCCAUGGUUUGCUGUCAGUUUACUGUCAUAGAACAGAGAGACGCUACAGAAUCACUUUAGUUCGAAUGCUUACCCAAAUGACGGUCAACAUUUGCAUAUGAAUUUUCUGUCAGUUACUGAUUAAUUAGGGCCCGAGCAACGAGUUGCGUGGGCCCAACGGGGCCAUGCAACGAGUUGCAAGGACCCUCUUGUUUUCGUUCGGUUUAUUAUUAUUAUUAUUAUUAUUAUUUUUUUUCUUCUUUUUCCGCCUCUUUGAUCGCCUUUUUGAAGGCCUUAACAUGCGUCAAAACUCCUGAAAAUUUGCAGACGCGUCAGGCACGGCGAAAAAUUUAAGAAUUUAGGGGUCUUGAGCAUGGGUGUGGCAAAAUGGCCUCGGUAGCGCCACCUACAUUUUUAAACGGAACAGCCCCUCAAGCCCGUUGCGCCUAAAAAUCUGAAAAUCUGCACACAUAUGUAACAUCCCAUGACGCACCAAAAAGUCUCUUGGAGCCAUAUUCUAAACCCAACAGAAAGUAUUUUUAUUUUGACCGGAAGGUGAAAAAAUUGUGUGUUUUUGGCCAUUUCCAGGGGUCGCUUGAACGCGAACUAGUCCUAGACGCAUUAUCCCAUUGACUUCAAAAUUUGAUAAUUUGUUCUUAAGACAUAGACGAUGUUAAAUUGCAAAAGUUUCGGACUUUUCAUUGAAGGGCGUGGAAGUUAUGGCCCCUCAAAGUUCGAUUACUCGCAACGAAACAGGAAGUUGCUUUAUAUUUGCUAUAUUUCGGCCAUACUUUGUCCAAACUGCAUCAAACUUUACAGGAUUGUUAAUGGUACCUAUCUGCACACAUCCAUAUGUCAAUAUUCAUACAAUUGUUGUAGCGCCACCUAUUUAUAGCAGGAAAUGACAUAUUUUAUAGUGUGAUGUCCAGUUUCUAGACGGGUGACCAGAUUCACUUCAAAUGUUGUCAGCCCCUCCUUGAGGAUUUUUUGGAAGACUGGCUCCGAAAAUUGUGAGUUUUGGUCGAAGCGUGUGCCGGUUCUGGCCCGUCAAAGUUCAGAAACCCAACUUCCUGUUUGAAACCUCAGAUUUUGGGGUAACUUCCUGUUGCGACUCUCUACUUUAUCCUAUAGAUGGAGCCAUUGUAUUACUCUUUGAUGGGUUUUUGGAAGGGGGUCUCUGUGUGUGUGUGUGUGUGUGUGUGUGUGUGUUUGUGUUUGUGUUUGAGGGGGGAGGGGAAGAGGAGUUGAUUGAGUCUGUGAGAAGCUGCCACAGAGAGGUUACAGUCAGGAGAGCCAAGAGCUGCUUUACACGCGGUAUAAAAACUUCAGUUAAGAUUUGAGCUGUCACUUGAGAAAGCAUCAUGCCAAAAACUAAGGAAAUCACUGUAGACUUGAAGAAUUGUCGAUGCUCAGGAAGCAGGAGAAGGAUAUACAAAGUUAUAACAGUAUUUCCAAGCGUCAAGAACUCAAAUGAGAAACGUCACCGAGAAAUUCAAGGAGAGCCACACUGUGCAGAACAAGCCUGGCAGAGGUAGGAAGCCAAAGAUUUCAAUGACCCUGGAAAGAAAACCAGUGAGAGACCUGUCUAAAGAACCCAUAAACGCUGCCAAGACACUAGUGAAUGACUUAGUUAAGUCUGAAAUUGUAGCCUCAAAGAAGAUUACAUGAAUUCAUGUAAUCUUACCAUAUGUCUCCCCUUGACCAAAGCUGAGCGUGGAUUGAUGCUGUCUUUACAGUUUGGUUUUGAUCAGUUAGGAAAUUUCACACGGGGUCAGCUGAUUUUUUUCGUGUUACUCAGUGUACGGCGACAGGAAAAGUGCACUAGGUCCACCGGCGUCGAGGUGAACCAGCUGAAUAUAAGCCACUCAAGUUGACGACAAGUGCAUUGAAAAGUAAAAGCUGCUGGCCUUUACCUUUUCUUUGUAAAAGCGCCUGUUCGGCCAGUAGUUAGUAAAGUAAUAUUUUCAGCGUUGUCCACAGUCUCAUGACAUGUUUAACACGAAGCACAGCACGCUGGUUAAGCUCAUGGCAAACUGUUACUAACAGCUAAAAUGAAAGCUUGUCUGUAUGUAGUCUAACUGGUUAGUUUGUCACUAAUCUCCAAAUUUUACAAAUUGCUAUAAACUUCACUCUCUUAAACCAGUAACAGUCUGAGCUGGACUGAUAGGAGUCUGUAUGGAUAAAGAUAAAAUCCUAAUGAUACCCAUCCCUACAGCUGGUUAGUGGCUUCACCCUGACUUUAGGCAGAUGAGAUAUUCACUGUUCAAAUAACUUCAUUAUAACCCUUGUUUAAGCAUAAAUGAUUUAUAUAUGCACCCAAUAACAGAACUUGCAAAAAAAUGCUUUUGCUCAAAGCUCAAAGCUUGUAAACUCAAGUUAAAACUGAGUUUUAUCUCCUUUUGGGAGGGGGUAUCUGUGUGUGUGUGUGUGUUUGUGUUUGUGUUUGUGUUUGAGGGGGGAGGGGAAGAGGAGUUGAUUGAGUCUGUGAGAAGCUGCCACAGAGAGGUUACAGUCAGGAGAGCCAAGAGCUGUCACAGAUGAUGAGCUCUGAAAAAUAUUAUCACAGAAAAUAAUUAGCAUAAAAGCUUUUAUUUUAAAUUUUUACAUCUGGGAAGUGUGAACUGUUACGCCAGCGUGUGCCCUGCGACCUGCGUUGACCCCGCGGUUGCCGGGGUCCCGCGGUCGCCGCUCCCCCGACGGGCGCCGGGUGCGAGGGCCCGUUCAACGCUGCUCGCAGCUUUAAUUAACUAAUUGAUUCAGCAAUAACAUGUUCAGUUAAUUCUCUGGAAGAUCUUAGGUGACAGUAGCUCAUACUCAAUUUGUAUUCUUUACCAAAAAAGGAAAAAAAAAGAAAAGAAAAAAAGAUUAAGGAAUUUCUCAGUAAGACCAGACUAGGUCUUAGUCCUAGAGAAGCCACACAGAUUUUUCUGAUUGGAUCAGAAGGGUUUUUUUUUCAUCCUCCAUAUUGUUUGAAAUCACAUUUUUGACUCCCUUCAGACCAAAUCUGGGAUCUGCCAAAAAAGAUCAAAGGUGAUUUUUUUCUCUAUUUAUUUUAUGUGUUCUCCUUUAGCCCUGGGUGCAGAAUAAGAAGCCAUAGAGCAGUGUAACUUUGUGAAACCCCCCCUCAUCGUUGCCUGGAAGGGUCAUAGUUUCCCCACAGAAGGAUGACAGAUGUUUCAAGACAGACCUCAGCCCCUGCAAGUGUUGUACUGCUGGUGUUCAGAACCAGUGGGAACUGUGAAGUUUGAAUCCUACGAGGUGAAAUCAGACAGUGGAAGAAGGAGGCCAGUUCAGCCUGUUAAGACUAUACCAGUAAAGAUCACAAUUCCCACUUACCCUGAACACAGCACAAGCCCUGAUCAGAUGCUUGUGUUUUACUGUACAUUCCUACUAACAGCAGUGUGAUGCCCCUCAGGGCCAGAGGUGUGUCUGAGAGCUGUGGGCCUGAUGGAUAUUUAUUUCUUUUGUAUUGUACAAAAAGAGUUUAUUUUCAUUAAAAUUGCUGACGGUAUUGUGAUUGAAA